AUGGCGAAGAAGUCCCCCGAUCAAGACGCAUGCGUUGUCUAUCAUUCUCAAGACGACCGACAGUUUUUGACGUUCUCAGGUCUGCGUGAUCGAUCGUUAAAUUUGGCCAAACACUUGAUCAGUAAAGGGAUUGGAAAAGGCGAUAUAAUUGGUCUUCUGUCUACGAAUUGCACAGAGUUCUUCGUUGCUUUUCUAGCCUUGUCUCGGAUAGGAGCACCAAUACUGCUCUUGCGAUAUGGCAGCACGGCUGCAGAGGUCUGCAUGCUGUUGACCAAGAACAAUAGCAGGGGAUUGCUGGGCAGUGCGCACUGUGAAAAGGACGUCACCAUAGUUAACACUAUUAAGACCCUCAUGGUAGAUGAAAGGAAGAAUACGGCGGAGAAAAGACCAUUUAUGGUCAUGGGAAUGGGCCCUCGUGAUAAAGAAGUGCACGUGUCCGGCAAGGCGAAAAUAUCUGACCACCUUAGCCAGGUAAACAUCCCAGAUGUGGGCCCCGAUGACGACUGCGUAAUAUUCUUUACCUCUGGCAGUUCCGGGGAGCCCAAACCUAUCCCAUGCAGUCAUCGGACACUGAUAGCAAGGACUCGUUCUUGGGGCGAAUUCGCCUUUUCAGGGCCAGAUACAGCGGGCACAAGAUUCUUCAAUGACCGCCCGUUGGCGUGGACCGGGGGAUUCCACAUGAUACUUAAUAUGUGUGUAUUUGGUGCAUGCUCAGUCACUAUGACAACCGACUUUGUCAUGCAUCGUGGUGCUAUCGAGUUCGUUAUGGCUAUCUUAAAUGAGGAGAAGUGUACGCACGCUUUUCUAAUGAAUUACCAACUCGUCGACUUAAUGCACCGUGGAGACACGUGCCUCCCUCUUUGUUACCUUAAAUACGUGGUGACAGUCGGACAAAAGACAGAUCGCUUGGCAAUAGAGCACGUGCUCGUGUCUUUUCCUGGCAUUUCAUUCUUGUACCAUUAUGGUCUCAGUGAGAACGGCUUUGCCAUGUACCAGCGUCAUACCGACACAACGACAUUACUCGACGAAGGUUUCAGCAUCCACGAUGGAAUCGAGAUCAAGCUUAUCGACUCAGGUGGCGAGACCGUGGAGACCGGUUCCCCUGGAGAGAUAUGCAUUCGAUCGCAAGCUCUAUUUCGAGGUUACCUCGGCUGUCCCUCGGCAAACGAAAGAACGUUCCUACCUGGUGGCUGGUUCCGCACCGGAGACAUAGCCCUUAGUAGGACAGACGGCAAGGUUGUAUUGUUAGGGCGUUCAGACGACAUGAUCAAAAGGGCGCCCGCACGAAAACGAAAGGUAGUGGUGGUUGGGGUACCUGAUGAGCGUCUGUUUGAAGAUCUCUGUGCGUGUGUUAUACCACGUGACUCCAAUUUAUUUGACGUCAGCAGUUUCAGUCACUGGUGUCAGGAGCGGUUUUCCAUCGGACCAGACGGUCGGUCUUUGGCGCCAAGCUAUACCCUCGGGUUUGACGAGUAUCCACGGACAGACAACGGUAAAACAAGUAGAAAGAGAUUGAAAGAAAUUGCAACAUUACGCCUUCAGAAAUGA